AUGAAGAGUGAGCUGCUGGUAACAGAGACAAAGAAAAAGUAAGAAAUUUUGAACAGGCAAUUCUAAUGCUGUAAUUUUAUGGAGAGUAGUUUUUAUAUUGACUGAUCACUAGUAUAUUAAAAUGUAAUACAAAGUGGGUGGGUAGAUGAUAUGAGGGCACAAGGCACAUUCCGGCCCAGACAUACAGUAUCAACACAAUCAUCCCUUUUCAUAACAAGUAAAAUCUGUCUGGUAUUAGGCAGAGAAGAAGCAUUAUAAAGAAGUGAUGUAAUAAACCCAUGUAAACUAUGUAAUAUUAAUAAUAUUACAAAAUUAGGGCAUGAGUGGUGCUUUAAACUUCUUUACAUAUUUAAAAUUGUAGGGAUGUGGUAAUAGUGUGGAAUGAGAAAAAUGAUCUCAUCAUGUUGCGUGAAGUCGCUGCAGACGGGUUACUUCAACACAAGGCUGGGUCUCGAGAGAGAGGAGCCGGAUGGCAAGCUGUUGCAAAUAACUUAAGUAGCAGCUUGACGUCUGGCUCUGAAGUAACAUCAAGAGCGGUUCGCGACCAUUUUACCAUAAUUGCAAAGAGGCAUCAAGCCAAAGUUGCAAAAGAAAAGAGGGGAACUGGUUUAAGAGGAAAAGAACUGACAGAAAGAGAAGCAUUGUUGGAAGAAUUGGUUGAUAUUCGUGAUGAGACUGAGAAGAGAGUAGAAGAAGAAGCUGGUGUAAGGAGAGGGAAUGCUGAAGCAGAAAGAUUACAAGCAUUGGAAAUGAGGGAGAGAGCAAUGGAAAGAUAUGGAAAGACUAG